AUGCGUCAAGUUCUGCGCCGUGCUGGUGACUGGUCAGACAGGAUCUCUACUGUACUCGCUCAUGUCCCUAGGAUGGGCGACUACAACUACAGUCGAGUCUUCCUUCACGACUAUCAGGAUUAUACCUUUUUACUCUUAUCUUCGUUGUCGUCAGCCCUCGCCUUGAACCCAACAGCUACCCUUGUCCCGAGCGUAUUGGCAUUAGCGCUCCUGCGAACCUAUGCAGUAGUCCUUUUCCCAAGCAACCACGCGAAGUCGAAGAUCGCAGCAUUCCUCUUGGCCAUCUCCGUCGGCAGCGCAAUCCCGCAUUUCACAGCCUCGCAACAAGCGCUUUCCACAAGCGCGCUUUCUUUUAUUCUUCUGGCUUCCGUCUCGUCAUUGACUUCUGCUCUUGUGGUGGGAUCAUUGUUCGUAGAUUGGCAGGUCAGCAGAAAGUAUCCAGGAACAGCGCUCGCCAUCUUCUUUUUCCCGGCGCUGUGGGCAACCUUGUGGAGGACCAUCACAUACACCAGCCCCGUUGGAAACAUCUUAUCCUGGAGCCGCCCACGCAUCCUCGAAGGAUACCAAUGGCUGAUCCCGUUGGUCGGGCCAGCUAGUCAGGAUUGGAUCACCGCUGCUUGGGCGGUGGUGCUCUCCUUAGCUUUCCAAUCCUGGUACAUGGGGCCACCGCCCACCGAUGAUGAUGAACUCCUGGAGCCAGUCACGCUCGCCGAACGCCGCACGCACACUUCUCCUUCUUUCCUGGGCGCUAGCCUUCUAGCACUCCUUGUCCCAUCCUUCUUCGUCAACCAGCUACCCCUCCCCGUCGCAGAUGUCGAUCAUGCCACUCCAUUUGGUGUGGGAUGCAUCCUUCCCACAUUCGAUAGGUAUAAACGCCACGUCCCGACACUGACUGACUACAUCAACGAAAGUAAGAAACUGCAAAACAGCGCAAGAUUGCUCCUAUGGCCGGAGGGAGCAGUUUCCUUCGCCUCUGAUGAAGAGCGCAAUAAAGCCUUCGAGUAUGUGAGAGGGAAUAUCACUGGCUCAUACGUCGGUGUUUCCUUCAACCAAGUAGCAGCGGAUCCCAAUGACCCCUCUGGACGCAAAGGUUACGAGCGUACAGGUAUCGCGGUUGUCGGCAAGGACUCUGAAGAGCCCUAUCUCCUUUACUACAAACGUCACCUCGUUCCUAUCGCUGAAUCCUACCGUCUUGUCCCCUCGACUGAGCCGCCAACAUUGGCUAACAUCACCAUCCCGACACCCAAGGGCAUCCCUCCAUCGAGAUGGGACCCCAGUCCCUCUCAUGCUCGUCCCUUGAGCAUCACUGCAUCAGUCUGCCUCGAUUUUGCCUUCCCCAAUAAUUUCGACACUCUGUCAUCGCGCCCAGGCCUGAUUCUUGCACCUGCAAAGACCUGGGAAAGAUCGGUGGGGAUUUCGAUGUGGUUGCAGGCCAAACAGAGGGCAGCAGAGUUGAACAGUAUGGUCCUUUGGUGUGAUGGAGGAGAUGAUGGUGUAAGUGGUAUCGGAGGGGGAGGAUUUGACGACCCCCAGCAGGUCGGACCUGGGUCAUGGGUCAAGACAAUUGGCAUCCAGUACCCAUUUAACGACAAACGAACAGUCUAUGCUCUUCUGGAGGACUCGUCGGUGUUGUUUUACUGGCUGUUGGCUGGAAGUUCAUUGGUAACUUCGGGUAUUCCUGACCCUUUUGAACCCCCACGCCUUUACCUCGCGGCCUUUGACACGAGUCUGAACAAAAAGCCCGCAGUCAGGACGACAGGAUUUCUCCUUGCAAGUCCAUCGAGAUUGGGCUUGUCUGUCUACAACGUCGUCACCGAAUCCUCUGAUCCAGUCGAGAUUUGCAAAAGGCCUCCUCGUCGCUUCAUAUCUUCCAAAGAGUUGGACGCUGUCCAGAAGGAUACGAUUGACGACUUUCAUAUCAUAACCAACGACGAUCUUCAUACACCUCGUAUUCCUGCGGAACCACUUGAACAGCCCAAAGCGUCGCCUUUGAAUUUGAAGACAAGCGAAGACUUUCUUUCAGCAAGGCCGAUUUCUCUGGGUCCAAUCUCUGCCCAUACCGAACUAUCGUCAGCGCCGUCCGAGCUUGCAGAUAUUGCGGCCAACUUCCCACCGCCACCAACGCACAUCCCCUCUCCCAGAACUGCACAACAUCCUUCGACGCAGCCAUUUGCGCCAGCAAUUGAAGCUACCCAGUCGCAAGCACCAACAAGCCGCUCGAUAGAUCGCUUUACAGCCAAUCUCAAGCGGAUACUCAAGCGAUCUCUUCGAAUUCCGUCUCUCAAAAGAUCGGCACCCAAUCCAGAUCCACUUACAGCAGCUCCGCCAAUCCCGACAGCGUCCAACACCGAGGCAUCCUUGUCACACCCACCUCAGCCGGCACUAGCGACCAGACGACUCGACGACGACGUCCCUGAGCCCCUAUUCCAAGUCUCCGCUGUCCCAUCGCUCACCUACGACUUCGUCGACCCAGCCACGCUCACAGCAACCCCGGCAGUCCACGCCACCUCGGAUCUUCUCCCAAGCUCUUCAAGCGCGACGUUCUUGCCCCAAUCGCCUUCCUGUUCCUUCUCGGAUCUCUCUCGCCCACUCCACCACAUCACCGCCCCUCUCGCCUCUCAACGUACACGAGGACGACGACAUUGGGACCUCGAGGUCAGAUAUAACCCGGGUGAACCCUAUUCCACUCUCUGCGCGAACGAAUUCCCUCCAGUCAAAGGUUUCUUUCGCCACUGCCAACACCGAGUUUUCCUCCACCAACGAUCGCACCGCCGGGUUGCAGUAGGCACACCAAUCACCAUGGACUACACGGGAAAGAGAAACGACGUGAUUGACUAUGGAGGAGAGUAUGACUACUCAAACCAGAAUUGGUUUCAAGACGCCCCUCCUCGACCAGAGCCUCCUCCACCAGCCCCUUCUGCACCUCCUUAUGUACCCUCUCAAUCUGUUAUCGAACAAAACGAGGCCUUCCUCUUCGCACUUGAAAACGCUCCGAAUAUUCUCUACGCCCGCUUCAAGCAAUACGGUCAGCUCGGCGUUCUAGGCUGGUGCUCAGAAUUCGGUGAAUUGAUCGACCACCUCAAAGACCUCGGCUUUGCUGGGAACAUGUUCGUAUCGACACGAACUCAAGCGCUCAAAGCUUGUGAAGACAUCCUCAAGCUAAACCUAGACAUCAAGAUGCAAAUCAUCGUUAUGUACCUUUCGUAUCAAGUUGCACGAUUACGCCGGUUCUUGGAUGGCGAUCGUGUAUGGACAGACUAUCCCGAGCCCCAGUUUCCUUUGAACCCUACCGCCGGUUGAACACGAUUUUUUGAACUUCUAUAUGCUUUGCCUUGUACUACCCUUUGUACGUUCCGGAACGUUGUUACAUCUUGUAUAACGCGUCAUGUUUUUGUGCUUUCGCUGCCUAGUACCAGUUUCACGUUGCCUACGACCCUCACUCGAGCCAUACACACUGUAACAUUAGUUAACAAUGCGCAUCACAGUUGCCAUAACCAAAGAU